CUUAGAUACAGGGUGGUAAAAGUGAACAUGCAUAUUGCAAUCCUCGACGCCGACAUCCCCGUCCCCAAAGUCUACGCCUCCCGCGGCCUCUACAGCACCCAAUUCCGUCACCUCCUCCAAGCCGCCGCCUCCCGUCUCACCACCACAAUCAAAACCACACACGCAGUCCCAGAAAUAAACACAUCCUCCUACGACGUCGUCGGCGGCGUCCUUCCCCCGUCGAAUCGACUGCGCAAACUCCCUCUUGCCCAAGAAAACGGAGCCAAAAAUGAAAGCGAAGAUGUCAUCGACGGAAUCUUGAUAACGGGCUCUUCGAACUCCGCAUGCGAUAAGCACACGAAGCCUUGGAUCAUGGAAUUAGAGCGGUUUAUACGAAUGGUUUUUGUGGAGUUCCCUGGGGUCAAGAUCUUUGGGUCCUGUUUUGGUCAUCAGAUUAUUGCGCAGGCUUUACUCUCUCCUUCUUUGCCGGAGAAUGAUGGUGCCGGAUUCCAUGUCGAGCAGUGUCCGUACGGGUAUGAAGUGGGUAUCGUGCCGAUUACGCUGAAUAGCGCGUUCAACGAGGCUUUCCCAUAUAUUGCCAAAAACCUACAGAACCAGGAACUCAGAUUACAACUCGUCCACGGAGAUCGCGUCGUCCCCGUUCCGAUCCCUAACAACACUACCAAUUCGGACCCCAAACCAGACCGAAUAAUCCUCCCAACCCCAUGGCUCAACCUAGGCUUUACAGCAAAAUGCCCCGUCCAAGGCCUCUACCACCCUGGACGAGUAUUGACCUUUCAGGGACAUUUUGAAUUCGACAGUUUCGUGAACCGGGAGACGUGUAUCGAGUUUGGGAAGAGGUUUGGGUGGAGAGAGGAUGAUAUUGAGGGGUUUGUGGAGAGUAUUGAUGCUGCUAUUAAGAAAGAAGGGGAGGGAGGGGAUGAUGAUGAUUCGAGGGUUGCGGCUGAGGGAGUGGUUCUUUUUUUUGCUGGGUUGUGAUAGUGUUUUGGGAUAUGUUGGCGAAUGUAUAUAUAUAUAUAUAUAUAUAGUCGUGUAUGUUAUAGAGUAGAUAUGGACUUAUGGGUCAGGAUAAUAUAGAACUUAGAUGAUAGAAGUCUGCGAUAAAACCAAC